GGGAGGAGGGGGGUCCUGCGUCCUAACUGGGACGUCCCACUGGAAAUGUCUUCUGUGUGAACUGGUGAGGCCGUUAGAUCGUCCUGGGCCCCGCACACAGCUGACUUCUCUCCUGGUAUCCCUGCUCUACAAAGCUGAAGACUUUGAAGAUGAGGGUGUGGAUCGUCUUCCUCCUUUGCCUGGCUGGCCACGCCAUGGCUGCUCCUACUGAGGAGGAGCUCAUCGUGGAAGAACCAGUAACUGAGGAGCCAGUGGUUGAGGAGACUGAGGUGGGGGCCAACCCAGUGCAGAUUGAGGUCGGAGACUUUGACGAGGCCAUCGAGGUUGUCGAAGAUGAUGUUGCUGAGAAUCCCUGCCUGAACCACCACUGCAAGAAGGGCAAAGUGUGCGAGGUCGAUGACAGCAACACCCCCAUGUGUGUCUGCCAGGACCCCUCCACCUGCAUCGCUGCCGAGGCAGAGUUCGAGCACGUUUGCGGCACCGACAACAAGACCUACGACACCUCUUGCCACUUCUUUGCCACCAAGUGCACCCUGGAGGGAACCAAGAAGGGCCACAAGCUGCACCUCGACUACAUCGGACCCUGCAAAUUCAUCGAGCCCUGCAUGGACAACGAGCUGAACGAGUUCCCCCUGCGUAUGAGGGACUGGCUGAAGAACGUCCUGGUGACUCUGUACGAGCGCGACGAGGACAACAACCUGCUGACCGAGAAGCAGAAGCUCAGGGUGAAGAAGAUCUACGAGAACGAGAAGAGGCUGCAGGCCGGUGAGCACUCUCUGGACCUGCUGGCUCACGACUUCGAGAAGAACUACAACAUGUACAUCUUCCCCGUCCACUGGCAGUUCGGACAGCUCGACCAGCACCCCGUCGACGGAUACCUGACCCACACAGAGCUGGCACCUCUGCGUGCCCCUCUCAUUCCCAUGGAGCAUUGCACCACCCGCUUCUUCGAGCAGUGCGAUGCUGACAGCGACAACUACAUCGCCCUGGAGGAGUGGGCCACCUGCUUCGGCAUCAAGGAGCAGGAUGUCGACAAAGACCUCAUCAUCUAAGCUCCUCUGACCAGCAGCAGUAUGACAACUCCUAGUCGCUACUAACGGGACAAGGUGCUGAUCGCUAAGUUAAAAAAAAAAAAAAUCACAGUAACGGUGCUAAUUGCAAAUUAUUUUUUAUUUUGUUUUUGGUUUUUUUUUUGGUUUUUUUAAUAAUGACCUUUCCUACCUAUACCACUAAAAAAAAAAGAUUACAAAAGAGAAAUGUGCACAGUCUGUACUAACAUCAUGUGUUCUCUUGUUUGUUGAACAAAACACCCAGUAAAGAAAACUAAAGACCUCUGAUGUAAAUGUAUGUUGUUGACAAUAUUAUAUAGAUGCUAUGAUUUGUUCAGGGCUUUAAUUGGAGAUCAAUUUGAAACAUUAUCUUGAGGAGACAAAACUGUAAAGUCAAAAAUAAAGUUUCUAAAUAAAUGCUCCCUCUGCUUGCUUUCUACAAAACAACUAUUUAGUUUUUGCACUCUUUUGGUGGUGGGCUCAUCUUUUUUUGUCAUUUUGUGUAUUUUCGUUUUUUGAUCUUUUGACUACUGCUAUAAGAGUUGUUCAUUUUUAUUUUCCAAUGCAGAUUCCGUGUCCCGGACAAGGACACGCGUGUACUGAUAUUUUAAAGCAAUAAAGAGGAUAUAUUGUUUGGACGUUUAAAUGAGGGGAAAAUCUCGCAGGCUGAGAGUUUUUCUCACGAUUAACAUGUUUCUACUGACACUGAGAGCACGACCAAACUCUUUCCAUGAAUAAAAGACUAUGAAAAGA